AUGUCCCUGCCAUUGGUCAUCAACGGGCGGGAGCUUGACAGUUUGUAUCAUUACUGUCGGCAAGCUGAGGCUAUCCUUAAUCCUGGAGGGCUUCAUCUCAUAAACUCCAUCGUUGCGGUAGGCCUUGGAAACGGACAUGGAGGUAAUGUUAUGGCUACGCUAGGAGGGCCUGCCAUCCGCCUCGUCGACUACGAAGUUGCCGGAUGGCACAACCCCGUGCUCGACCUAGCCAAUCCGUUGUACAACGAUGCGUUUUUCGCCAUCCUUUAUAGUGAUUUGAUGGGUCCUUGCAAUGCAAUGACUGCAUGUGGGGGCGAUGAGCGCCAGUAUGUACGCUACCGCGUUACCGAAGAGGCCAUCGCUGUCGACUUCAACCUCCAGCUCAGCCUGUUAGAUCGUACUUUGGCAUACAUAAAACUCGAGUACAUGCCGGACACCUUUUUCCUAAAUGCCGCCGUCGGAGUGCUCUUGUUUUCUGACAUGAAGGGGACCAUUGACUUGUUCUUCGGAUGGGCAAACUGGCCCAUCAACGCUGGAUCAUCCGAAGGUGGCCGGCGGCGCUGGUCUGAUGUCGUCAAGGGCGCUCACGAAGAGGCGAGAGACCGCCGAUUAAUUGGGCCCGCGACAGAAUGCCCAUGA